UCAGACUGUAAAACUCAAAGACAGUUUAGAAAAGCCCUCAGUGUGUCAUUCAUAAAGCCAGAGGAAGUCUGGACCUGAAGAAAAAGAAGUUGUCAAGUCUCACUGGAGUUUAAAUAAACAGCGUCAAUGAUGAGGCCGCAGUCACUCUUGAUCCCCGCCGUGGUUUUGACGCUGCUGCUGCUGCUGCUGAAAAGAGCGCACGCUGCGACCUUCCAAAGCGCGUUGCCACAUCCGAACAAAUAUAACCCGAACGACUCGGAGCGAUGUCUGCAGCCUCCCAUCACCGGACUCAUCUCCCGCGGGCCCGGGCCCGGACCCGUUUCCUCCACGGACGAGGUGCUGGAGUCCAGUCAGGAGGCGCUGCACGUCACGGAGCGCCGCUACCUGCGCCUGGACUGGUGCAAGACGCAGCCGCUGAAGCAGACUAUCCGCGAGGACGGCUGCCUGAGCCGCACCAUCAUCAACCGCUUCUGCUACGGACAGUGCAACUCCUUCUACAUCCCGAGGCACGUGUACCAGGACGGGAACGCAUUCGAGUCGUGCUCCGCGUGCAAACCCAAGAGCUUCAGCACCGUCACGUACACGCUCUUCUGCCCGGGACAGAUCCCGAGCACCAGGAGGAAACGGGUGCAGCGCGUAAAGCAGUGCCGCUGCACAACGAUAGACACGGAUUAGACUUUUUCUUUUUUUUGUCCUUCCACAACGAGAGUAAAGUAACGAGGAACUGACUUGAACCUUCGUUCAAUUGGGGAGAGGAUAAUUCACCACAUAUACCACUGAUUAUUAUUUACACAAGUGGUUCAUUCGGGUGUCUGUGCUGACACUUUGACCUGCAAUUGUUAAUUUAUCACAUUUAACAGGGUACUUUGUCACUUAUCAGUCAGUUUGUGUGUGUGUGUGUAAAAAGAUGUAUGUCUCACUGACAGUUGACCCUGAGUGCCAAAGAGUUUAAGUUUAAGGUGCAUUCAUAAUAUGUUUCGAGUGUUGGACAUGAAAGAGGACACAAAUUCAAAAAAAGGGACUUGGAUGGUUUGAUUGUUUCCACUGUGUGGGAUGUAAAGUCAAAGGCUUUCAUGAUAUACUGUACAUACAUGUGUAUAUAUGUAUAUGUAUAUAUACAUAUACAUAUAUGUAUACAUAUAUACAUAUAUAUUACAACUUGCACUGCUAAAUGCCACUUCUUUUAAGAGCUGUGUAUAAUGUGUGUCCUUUAUUAUAAUGUUGCUUGUAAAU